AUCCCCCCGGUGACUCUGUCCGUCUGUAGCUCUGACAGCUCCGAUAUCUCAAAGUCCAUUUAAACUGUUUUAAUACUCCGCACUUUCGUGGCCGCUCGUGUCGGCAAAUUGUUCGUCAUCCGGUGAAACUUUAGAGGAUUAUCGGGCAGGGGCAUUGAAGCUCUACUUGUCAAAGCCAGGAAAAACCUCAACGCAAAUACGAGGCCCUCACUCCGUCCCCGGAUUCACCUGCUACGCGAAGAGCCUCACACGGGAGAGCCGACAUGGGGGACACGGGGAGCGAAGGCAGCAAGCCUCCGAGCAACGUUAACGUGAUACCCCCGCGUUGCCCCUGCGGGUUUUGGGGGUCGAGCAAAACUAUGAAUCUGUGCUCAAAAUGUUUUGCAGACAUACAGAAGAAACAGACAGAUGGUGAUUGUGCCCCAAAAGCCUCCUCAAGCUCCAGCAGCAGCCAAGCAGACAUCUUCUGUAAUGAAUCAAACAGCAGCAUCAGUCCGUCGCUCAUGUCGAUGUCUAACACAUCAGAAGAGCCUUUGCCAGGAGAGACAGGAGUGACAACUCUACCUGCUCAGGAAGAAGUAUCCAGCACAGACACAGUCUUCAGUUCACUCUCCACUCCCACAAAACGCUCCUUUGAGUCAGCCUCGGAGUCAGAAAGUGACGUGUCUCCCGACAAGCGAGCGAGAGUGGGUGAGCUGCCAGAGAGUGAGGAGUCGUCGUCAUCAUCUUUGUCUGCAUCACCAUCCUCAUCUCGCGGUGGCUCCAAACAGCGGAGCCGCAAACGCUGCCAUCGCUGCCAAACCAAACUGGAGUUGGUUCAGCAAGAGCUCGGGUCCUGUCGCUGUGGUUAUGUCUUCUGUAUGCUCCACCGGCUCCCAGAGCAACACGAGUGCCUGUUUGACCACCUGGGCCGUGGUCGGCAGGAAGCUGUCCUCAAGAUGGUCAAGCUUGACCGCAAGGUGGGCCGCUCUUGCCAGCGCAUCGGCGAGGAGUGCUCCUGAGCGGCUGUUUCCCACAAAAUAAUCUCGGUGUUCAGACGGUGUCUUAGCACUAACAGGGAUUUUCUUUUUUUUUUCUCUUCUCAUUUUGGUUUUCAGGAUUUUUGCAGGGUUUUUUUUUUUGGAUACAAACCUGCUCUCAUUUAUUUCAAAUUAUGUUUGCUUUUUUCAAUCCCACUGUUACCCAUAUCCACGUUGUUUUCUGCUUUUGUUGGCUUGAUCAUAUCCCUACUGCUAAGACGCCUUUUGGAAAAUCCAAACCCAGGAAUAAGAGAACAAGAAAGAGCAAAGGAAAUAUAUACUUUCUACGCUUUUUCGCAAGGUCCUGACUACAAAAGUGUGAGUGGAGUAAGAAUGGAUAUAAAGAUGAGGAGAAGAAAUACAAGGCUUUAUACAAAUGUUUGUCCAGGAAGCCAGUUUGAGACUAUACUCUUUACCUCAAAAAAAAAGAAAAAAAAAAAAAAAAAGAUGAAGAGGAAGGGAUGGUUACCCUUUGUGUACACUUUUGCUUUGGCAAUGUUUAUAGACUGUGCUCUUUACCUCAAAAUCAGACAGAGCUGCUUUCUACUCUGCGCCAAGCAUGGACUUAGUGAAGCCAACCCAGCUAGCCAGCGUCAGUCGGUGUCUCACCCCCAGGCCGUCCACCACCUCUAAUCCUGAAUCACCUGUUAAUCAUCCACCUCAGGAUAUCAAAACUUAAUCUGAACCCUUCCUUCAUCCAACUUGCAGCCUUCUCUUUUCCUCUACAGGACACUUUUCUGCCCCUUUGGUUUCAUCAUUGUUCUGAAUGUGUUUCUGUGUUACCGAGGACACCACUGUGGACAAUGAAAGUGGCAUAUUACUGUAAGCUCAAGUUGAGAAUUUGCAGUGUGAGCUGGACUAAAACACAUAUUGUGCUGGUGGGGACAGUGAGCUGGUUGUUGGACUGCAGCACAGAUCUGUCUUUAACAUCGGUGUGAUUGAUCAAAACUUAAUAUGUUGAAAAUUCUCUCUGUCUUCCUCUUUUUUUUUUUUCUAAGUCUUUAUCUCCUGAUUUUCUCCAGCCCUACCACAGGCAGGCAUUUCCAUUGUCUCUCAGAAACAUGGAUUAUGUGUGUUGGACGUGACAAGAUGGAUAUUAAAAUGUGCUUAUGAUUUUGUAAGUUUGCAUUGUACACAUUACAGUACUUUUGCUAAGGACACAAACACUUUAUAAUGGGUAUGUGCCCAGCUGUUGUUCACAUGGAGCACAAGCAGGUAAAAAUCAAACAUUGCUGUACACUUGGAGUCACUCAGAGGUUAUUGCUUGUUUGGGAUGGUGAUGGUUGUUAUUGUUCAGGUCUCUCAAUGUCUUAGGCCUUCAUUUCAGUUAUCCACAGUUUUAAAGGUAAUUUUUGGCUCUAGCUGUGAAACAAGACUCUGUGUUCUUGGGUUUUUCAUUCCUCUUUUCAGUACUUAAAAAGUCCUCCUUACUUCACUACCCCAUGUUUUGAUUUCCAGAUAGCGUGACAAGCUCUCAUGCACCCUCCUCCUCCUCCUGUCUUUCACUCCCCUUUUCUCAUCUUUUCCUUUAUUGAUUGCUCUAUAUUUUUCCCCCUUAUUUCAACUUCUCUGUCUUGCCUCCUCAAUUUUUCUUGUACAUGAGGGGAAGAGGGCUGUGGUGAGUGGAGCCUCGAAAGUCAAAAUCAGCAAAUAAUUACUUUCUAAAUGUUUUCCUGGUGGACUAUGGGAGACAUGAACAGAAAAUGCAUAAUGAAUGAAUAUUCUGUAUCUUAAAGAAAACCUUAUUUAACCCUUUUUUGCUUUUCAGAUUUACUUACACUUUAGUGUAGAGUUGCUUUUUUUUUUGGUUGUAAGAUGGUAUAAAAUGGGAAGAUAAACCUGGAAAAUGCUAUAUUUUGUUUCCAUUACAUUUUGUUUUUCCUCUCCAACUUUUUCUUUUAUUGAGAAAGAAUAAACUGGAUUAGACAAAAUGUGAA